AUGAACAUUGUGGGAAAGCUCAGUUUAAUGAUACUGUGGAGUAUAUUCUUGCUUCAUUCACUGCUGUCCUCUUUGCAAGGAUCUUGUUGCAAGAUUUCUCUUUUGAGAAGAACUUCAAGAAAUGAGUUUAAUGCAACUCGACAGAAAAGAGAUCUCAUAGCAGCUGAGAUUCAAGCUGCCUCUCCUCGGACACACCUUCACGGGGCCUUGACGCGGAGUCUGCCGGGAGGUUCAUGUCCUCAGGAAUGCCUUAAUGGAGCAGCCUGCACAGAGGCAGGUGACUGUGACUGUCAGUUAUUUCAGGCUCAAGGAAGCAGGUGCCAAAUUGUGCCUAACACUGGUAAGGACCGAGAUGGGAUUUGCAAAUCAUGGGGACAGUAUCACUUUGAAACAUUUGAUGGCAUCUACUACUACUUCCCAGGAAAUUGCUCUUAUAUUUUUGCAAAAGACUGCAAUACUCGAGAACCCCAGUACACUGUUUGGGUUCAUAAUAGUCCUCACUGUUAUGGUUCGGUAUAUACUUGUCAGAGGUCUGUCAGCUUAUUUUUUUCAAACCAAGAAGAAAUAAUUAUUUCAGGACAUGAAGUAAGAAAAGCUGGAACCAGAUUAAUGUUGCCUCAGACAGUUGGAAAUGCUUUCUUUGAGAGACUGGCUGACUAUAUUCUGGUGAAGACUACCUUUGGUUUUUCCCUUGCUUGGGAUGGCAACUCUGGUAUUUAUAUUAAGCUGACAGAAGACCAUAAGAGGAAACCUUGCGGCCUCUGUGGAAAUUUUAAUGGCAAUAAAUACGAUGACCUAAUACUGCAAAAUAAUGAAUAUACAGAAGAUAUUGCUGCAUUUGCAAAUAGCUGGUCUGUGCAAACCUCAGAUGACACAGCUUGUGUACCUACUGCCUCAGAUUUUUCCAGUCCUUGUUCAGCUGAUGCAGAAUCCACUGAGGACAUAUUCUUCAAGUGCCAAAUACUCCUACAGUUUCCUUUCCUCAGCUGUCAUGAAAGCAUAGAUCCAUAUUCUUAUAUUUCUAGCUGUAUGAAUGAUCUUUGCAGAGUGGAUGAUGAUGAAACAUACUGCAGGGCAGUGACAGAGUACGCCAGGGCAUGCUCUCACGCGGGGUCCCCAGUGAGGGACUGGAGGGAUGACUUUCCUGCCUGUACUGAGAAGUGUGAAGACAGUUUUGUACACCGUGACUGUAUCAGCUGUUGUCCACCAACCUGCACGUUUGAAAAAGACUGUCUUGGCAGCAACCUGCACUGCUUAGAUGGCUGUUACUGUCCAGAUGGUCUCAUUAUGGAAAACGGAACUUGUAUCUCUGUGUCAAACUGUCCUUGUAUUUAUCAUGGAACUGCUUUCCCUGUAGGCUCAAAAAUUGAACAAGAAUGUAGCAACUGUAUUUGUACUGGUGGCAUUUGGAACUGCACAGAUCAUGAUUGCCCAGCUGAGUGCUCCAUCACAGGUAGCUCUCAUUUCACAACAUUUGAUGGACGUCAUUUUACUUCUCUUGGGAUUUGCCAGUACAUUUUGGUAAAGGGCACUGGGAAAAACAAAUUCACAAUCACUUUACAGAAAGCACCUUGUGGACAGAAUUUUGACCAUGCCUGCAUUGAGUCUGUAACACUAGUUCUUGAAGAUGAUGUAAGCAAACAAGUAACUCUCACAAGAUAUGGACAACUCCUAACUGAUUCAAACCAAGUUUUUAACCUUAACGGGGCUAUUGAAAUUCAGAAUAUAUCUUCUUUGUUUGUUCAACUGAAAACUAGUUUUGGCUUGAAGAUACUGUUUGCUAAAGAUGGAGAGAGGAUCUAUGUUCAAGUUGAUGUUGGCUGGAAGAGAAGAACAUUAGGACUAUGUGGAACAUACAAUGGGAAUUUAAGAGAUGAUUUUCUUUCUCCAGCAGGGAUGAUAGAAGGGACCCCACAACUUCAUGCCAAUGCAUGGAAAGUUUCCUCAGCUUGUUCUGUGCCUAUCAAUAUUCCUGUGGUUGAUCCCUGCAAUGUUAAUCAGCAAAAUGCUGGGUAUGCAUCUCACUGUGAUAUCAUCAAUCAAGAGGUUUUUGCUCCCUGCCAUGCCUACAUCAGUCCAGGGUUAUACUACCAGCUUUGCCGCUUUGAUGCAUGCAAGUGCGGAAGCAGCUGCUUGUGCAACGCUCUGGCACACUACGCUUACGUCUGUGGCAAGCACGGUGUUGUUGUUGACUUCAGAUCUCAUAUUUCUUACUGUGCUGUGAUGUGUCACAGUGGUAUGCUUUAUCAUCAGUGCUCUUCUUUUUGUAAACACUCCUGUGCUUCACUUUCUAUGGCAAAUAUCUGUGGUGAUGACUGUGCAGAAGGAUGUAAUUGUCCUGAUGGGAAAUAUUUUGAAGAGUCGGUCAACUUUUGUGUAUCAAUAUCUGCCUGUCAUUGUCAUUACAAGGGCAAAGCCCUCCAGCCUGGAGAAAUCCUCUCUACGCCAACAGGCUCCUGUCAAUGCUUGAAUGGAACAGUGAAAUGUAUUGAAAGCACUACAGAAAAUACAGUUCACAUAUGCCCUGAAGGAAAAAUCUACUAUGACUGCAGAUCUCCUGUGCCUGGAUUACCAGCAGCAGGUGUAAAUUGCGGGAUCUCUUGUGCAAACCUUGCCAUGAACUUCUCCUGUGUCCCUUCACCACCCUGUGCAAGUGGCUGCAUUUGCCCUCUGGGGAUGGCUGAGCAUAGAGGGAAGUGUUAUAUUCCUGACAGUUGCCCAUGCACCUGGAAAGACAGGGAAUUUCUUUCAGGAGAAGUGAUAGCUACACCAUGUUACACCUGUGUUUGUCGGAGAGGAAUAUUCAAUUGCACCAGUUACCCCUGUCCUGCUGUGUGCACUAUUUACGGAGAUAGACAUUAUUAUACCUUUGAUGGACUGGAGUAUGAUUAUGUCAGUGAUUGCCAAGCUUACCUGCUGAAGAGCACAGAUAACUCAAAUAUAUCUAUAAUUGCUCAGAACAAAAAGUGCUUUGACAAUGAUAUUGUUUGCUCAAAGAAUGUUUUCAUCACUGUUGGAGACACUGAGAUUUAUUUUAGUGAACCUUCUGAGAAGCAGAAGACCUUAAGGGGACAGGAAAACUAUCAGCUUUGGAAGGCUGGAUAUUAUACUGUGAUACACUUUCCAGAACAGGACAUCACAGUUCUGUGGGAUAAGAAGACAAUGAUGCAUGUUAAAGUUGGACCUCGAUGGAAGGGUAAACUGGCAGGUUUGUGUGGAAAUUUUGACAAAUACACUUCAAAUGAUUUAACUACAUCAAACAACAUGGAAGUGAGAAAUGCACAAGUGUUUGGAGACAGCUGGGUAUUAGGACAGUGCAAGAGCCCAAAUGAAACACUGAGACCAUGUGAAGUAUAUCAGAGCAAGUUCCCUUAUGCCAAAAAGGAAUGCUCAAUUUUAUACAGUGACGUUUUUGCACCUUGUCGCAAUGUGAUUGACGUAACUUCCUUUGUCAAAAACUGUCACACAGAUACAUGCAACUGCAAUCUUGGUGGGGACUGUGAGUGCUUGUGUACCAGUAUUGCAGCUUAUGCCCACAAAUGCUGCCAGCAAGGAGCAGUCAUUCACUGGCGAUCUCCUUCGCUCUGUGCUUAUGACUGUGAAUAUUACAAUCAAGGCCUUGGAGAAGGACCCUAUAUUUUGGCAAGUUAUGGAGAGAAUGACACAAUUAUAGGAGCUAAUGUAUCCAGUAGAAGGAUAUUUCCCCUGCCUAGAACUGGAGCAUACGGAAAUGUAUUUUUCAGUUUCAUGAUAACUCCAGGUCUUUUCAAAGACAAAGGUUUAUCACUCUCUCUUGUUUCCCUUGAAUCUGCUGAAAGACCAAACUACUUCCUGUAUGUACAUGACAAUGAAACUGUUGGGUUGGAGCAGUGGCAGGCAAGUGCUUCCUUUCGGAGACAAGCCACCUUCUUCCACCACCAGGGCCUCUGGAGUCCGGGGCUCAGCGCAUUCGAACUGCACAGUAAAAAAGGCUUUUUCAUCAUUCUGACCUCAUCGGGUGUUAAAGUGGCAAAGUACGAUGAUUCAGAAGAAUUCAAACGUUUGAGUAGCUUUAGUAUUGAAGAACUCAGUGCAUCUGUACCUUAUAGAAAGAUGUGUGAAUGGCGAUAUGAAUCUUGUGCUAAUCCUUGUAUUAAAACAUGUAGUGAUCCUGAAGGAACAGCCUGUAGAUUCCUUCCUCCGGUUGAAGGAUGCUUGCCGUACUGUCCCAAAAACAUGAUCCUUGAUGAGGUCACACUUAAAUGUGUUUAUCCAGAAGACUGCAUACCUGUGACACCUACUGAAUCAGCAAUUGGAACAAAACCUUCAUUGUUAAUCUCUCAGACAGGUGCUACCACAGAGACAUUUCCUCAGACACCUCCUUUAUUUGUUACUUCAGGGACUGAGUCAGCUCAUACCAGUGUGACAGCCAAAAUAACCAUGAAGGCAAACACAACUUUGAGGGGAAUGGACAUGUCAGCACAGUCCAUUACAGACUUUUAUUCUCUGGAAACAUCUAAUGCAGCCACCUAUUCAACAUUUUCAUUACCAAGUACAGUGGAGCCUUUUGAUGUACUUGACAGCACAGCCAACCCUACUGUCCUUUCCAAACUCAUCUCUUCAACAGAUUUUCCAACUGCUCUUCAAGCCUCAGCAGUCACAUCACAUACUGUUGGUUCUACUGCAUCUUUAACUUUACCCAUUAAAAUACCAACUCCAACAACCCUGCUCAGUGCAAGUCCUAUUCCAACAUGUUCUGCAUUAUUAACACCCACUUCCUUAGUGGUAGUUCCAUUUCCACUUGAAACAUCAACCACUCAACUAGGAACUGUUCCCCCUACCUCCGCACUAACAAUUUUAACGUCCAAGCCAUCUUUUGUCACUUCUGAGCUGCCUGAAGGGAUUGGGAAGAGUAGGAGUCCUUCAGUAAGUCAUUCUAAGGGAGCAGCAGUAUUCUCUCAAGUGUCUUUCUCUGCUUUGCUGGCUGGCAGAGCAACUUUCACAAGACCAGUAUUUCUUCUAGGCUCAUGGUUGACACUAAGCCCAUCUGCUUCUGUAUCUACUUUGUCUGUUACAAAUAGGUCUGGCAUUGGUCAAACUGCUGUUCACCCAACAGCUGUUUCUCCACUGAUUUCAGCUGCUCCUCGAAUUCCUAUUACUAGUUUUUCUAGCUUUGAGAAGAGUUUUCCUCAAUUAAUGACAGUUUCAUAUUUUGAAACAGCAAAACCCUUGUCUAAAACUUGUCUGGUAUCAUUAAAUGCAAGUUCUUUAGCUAGCUUUUCUCCAAAGCCAUUUUUCUCUGCAGUGGAAAUUUCACUGACUGCUCCUAAGCAGACAUCUCCAUUAAUAAAAGGCAAUAUUUCUUCUGCUGUGCCCAUAAGGACUGCACCUUCACCUCAAGGUGCUUCUCAAAUUCCCAUAAACACUUCUUUGAGACCUUCUGUAACACAUACAGUGUCUAUACCAGUGGAUUCUCUGAUUACCUCUCUGAAGCCCAAAGCUAUGACAGAUGUCACUGUUGCCUCUGAAAGUCUUCAUAAAGUACCUUAUGCUGCUUCCACUCUUCUGGUAAAUCCAGCAAUCUCUGAUAUGUCCAUAGCAAAUUUUUCUACGUUCACUUUAAGCACAAGCCCUUCUACUAGCCUUUCACCAUCUCAGAAAACAUCCAUUGUAAUGCCCUCUUUAUUAAUGCCUACUACUCCUGAAGACACUUCAGAAAGCCAGUCCAGUAGGAUGUCUAUGUCUUCACCUCCUCUUAAGACCACUUGUAUCUCUACGGUUUCUUUAGGAAAAGAGAGUUCUUCAGUAAGUUCUGCAGAAGAAGAUGGAACUAUAUCAGCCAUGGCAUCUGGAACCAUCACUCAGUCCACUACACCGACGAUCAUGAACACAACAGUGAAUGCUACAUCCUUAAAAGCACCUUAUGUUUUUGCAAAAAUACCACCUAGCUCUUCAGCCAGCUUAUUAGUUUCUUCUGGCACUACUGUAGCCUCUAGGAUUCCUGCAAAAACUACUGAUUCUCUUGUUGCCAAUUUGGAGUUUUAUAUGGUGUCAACUUCAGUUCCUACCACCAUAGAAACACCCACGCAUGUGUCACAAAAAUCUUUAUUUGCAUCUACCAUGACUCAAGCCUCACAGAGCACUACAGAAACUCCAAAUAUUUUGAUAAUGAAAACAACUAGCACUAUAAGUCCGUUAUCACAGACAAAGAGUAUCUCAUUUACAGCUUCAAAAGUUAAAUACACAACCUUAUUUGAAAGAGCUGUGGAUAUUUUAGAAAGUGGUCAGACUUCACUUGAGCCAAAUGUUACCAAGAUAAAGUCAACCACAACUGAGAAAUCUUCCUUUCCUUAUCUGACAGUAUCUUCAGUUCUGAGUUCAUCCUUUUCAAGACAUACAACCUCAACAAAAAAUCUCUCUUCUUCUGGAGUCCUGGAUGUAACAACAUCAGAUUGGUCCAAAAUCCCAGUACAGAAGCCUGUUAAGCCUUUAUUUGGUUUAACAGAGCCCACAGAGCUGCAGACCAGAAAUAUAAUAGAUUUAUCUCAUUCUAGUGGUGGAAUGGCUCUGCCUUCCUCUUCACAACCUGUGGAAACACAAACUUCACCUACAAGGGCAGAAACAAUGACAGUUACAGCUGACAAGGCAUCCUUUGGUACAAUGAUGCAUACACUGAUGUCUACAUCUUCCAAAUGUGUGCCAAGAUAUCUUGAACCUGUCGACAAAUGUAGCCAGUACGUAUGUGUUCAUACGAGCUGGAUGUUGUACAAUGUUUCAAAGAACUGCCCUAAGGACGUGCAGAAGCCAGACUGUGGUUUCCGAGGAAUGCCAGUUCAAGUUAAUACUGAUAGUUGUUGCCCAGAAUGGGAAUGUCCCUGUCAAUGUUCUGUACUGUCUGAACUGAGUGUUAUUACAUUUGAUGGAAACAACAUAGCCCUCUGUAAUAUGGCUUCCUACAUUCUAGUCAAGUUACCAGGAGAAAUUAUUGUUGCUCAUAUUGAAAAAUGUCCUGCUAACCAGAGUGCUAAUUCAAUAAGAAAACCUGUUCCCCCUGCAAGCACUUCAGGACUCUGUUUUAAGAAACUAAAUGUAACAUCACAUAAACAUAAGUUACUUAUAAAUCGUUUAGCAAGAAAAGUAGUAGUGGAUUCUGUAACUCAAUCAUUACCAUUUUCAAAAGAAGGGCUGAGUAUUCAGGAUACUGGUGCAAUGUAUGUCAUCAAUACCCCAGCUGGUAUUAGCAUCAAGUGGGCUCAUGUUACAGGCAUCAUAGAUAUACAGUAUGGAUUACACUCUAACACAUCCAUGAAGACAGAAGGACUUUGUGGGGUGUGUAAUGGAGACCCUUCUGAUGACCUGAAAAUGCAAAACAGGACCAUAAUUACAAAUAUGGAGGAAACUGAAGCCUUCAUUAAGAGCUGGGAAAUUGAGAAAUCACUCGAUGUAGCAACCAGGAGGCCAGUAAGAAACUGUACUGAAGAUAACUGCACAUACUGUAUGGAAUUGCUAAACAAAAGCAUUUUCAUCCCUUGUCACAAGAAAGUGUCACCACAGGAGUUUUGUGAGAAGAUGUGGGUCAACAGUAGUUAUUUUUUGAAUUAUGAGUGUGAUGCCCUUUCUGCAUAUGUGGCUUUAUGUAACAAGCACAACAUCUGCAUUAAAUGGAGGACUCCUGAUUACUGUUCAUUGUCUUGUCCUGAGGGCAAGGAAUAUCAGCCUUGUGUGCAACCCUGUGAAGCCAAGACGUGCUUGAAUAAAUGGUUCUAUGAAGAUUCUCCCUGUUCCUAUUUAAGAGAAGACUGUGUGUGUAAAAAUGGCACUAUUCUGCAUAGAACGGACUCUGACCUCUGCAUACCAGAAGAAAAAUGUACAUGCACAGAUAACAAAGGACAACCCCGCUCUGCUGGAGAGAUCUGGAAUGAGUCCAUGAGAGGCUGCUGCAUGUACAACUGUUCAGAAAAUGGAAGCAUUGUUGCUGUAGAACCUGAAUGCAAUGAGGAUCCAACACCAGUCUGUGAAAGAGAAGGGGAAGUUAUUGUCCAUGUCAUCGAAGAGAGAGCUUGCUGUCCAAAGAAAGUUUGUGAAUGUAACAUGUCAUUGUGUGAUGCCAUUAUCCCAACAUGCAAACCCAAUGAGAAAUUAGUGGUAGGCUACCACUCCCUGUCCUGCUGCCCACAGUACCGAUGUGAAUGUGAUUCUUCCACUUGUUUCAAUGCUUCCCAGCUGGACUGCAGAGAAGAUCAAUUUAUUGUUGAAGCAAAACAGGAAGAUCCCUGUUGUUUUUCUUAUCUCUGUGUUUGUGAAUCCUGUAUUGAGCCAGUUCCCUUGUGUAAUGAAGGGGAAAUUCUGACUGUAGACCUUAAUACCAUACAUUACUGUUGUCCUCAUUACUACUGCGUUUGCGAUGAAAAUCUUUGUUCUGAGCCUCCUAUGAAUUGCACAGAUGACACCACACUUGUGAAGGAAAGAAUACCUGGGCAGUGUUGUCCAGAAUGGCACUGUGAAUGCAGUUGUGAAAAUGGUACUAUGUUGACCUGUGAAUUGGGAGAAGUUAAAAAAAUAGAUAGUAGUGUUUCCAGUGCUUGUGGAUGCACUCACUACAUUUGUGAGAAGGAUGAUGUGUGCAUCUUCCAAGAGGUCACAGUACUGAAUCCUGGGCAGUCAGUGAUUCAGUACUUGGAUGGAGACCUUUGUUACACUGUACAGUGUUUACAAGAAAAAGACCAGAACACAGGAUAUAACACCAUGAAUUUUACAAUGGUGAACUGUUCCCAGCAAUGUGAAGCUCAUCAAAUAUAUAUCCCUUCCUCCAGUCACCAUACUUGCUGUGGUACCUGUCAAAAUGUGUCCUGCUCUUUUCAUACUGAGAAUGGAACAUUAAUUCUGUAUGAGGAGGGAAGUACCUGGAGCUCCAACUGCACCAACUACAAGUGUGCAAAGACUGCUGCAGGGGCUAUCAUACUGGGAUCAAGUGUUGUCUGCCCCCCAUUUAAUGACACUGAGUGUACAAAGAAUGGAGGAACUGUGCAGACGUAUAAUGAUGGCUGCUGCAAGACCUGCAAAAAAGAAGAAAGGAUUUGCCAGAAAAUGACAAUCAGGACAACCAUAAGGAAAAAUGACUGUAUAAGUCAAAGUCCGAUCAAUGUGGCUUCCUGUGAUGGAAAAUGCCCAUCUGCAACAAUUUUCAAUGUCAAUAUUGAUAGUCACUUAAGAUUCUGCAAAUGUUGUCGAGAAACUGGAACACGGGAUCUGACUGUGCCGCUCCGCUGCUCCGGAAAUGGCACUGAAAUUAUGUACGUCAUUCAAGAGCCUAUAGACUGCUCAUGCCAAUGGAACUGAAUGUUACUGUGGAUACAAUUUAAUCUGAAGAAUUAAAAUCAGUUUUCCUUCACCAGACUCUAUUUUUGACCCUGGAUGGCUAUUGUACUCUGCAGGGGGGGGGAAAAAAAGUCCUCAAAUAUGCUUUGUAAUGUAACUUUUCUCAAAUUUAGUAAAGGUGAUGUUGUUUACUGUUCUUCAAAUUUUCUUUCUAAAUAU